GGAGACAAAAUGAGUAAACAACCAAGCAUGGUGUGCACAUCUAUCAAAUCCCAUGGAGACGUUGACAGAGGACCAACUGAGAUUUACGGACACGGCGAGCUUCUACUUCGAAUUGGCAACGGCGGGGCAGGAGCCCUCGGCCUCGUGCGUGCCUUAGCGGAAGACUAUCUAGCCACACUUCCAUCAUCAUUCUCGAUAACAUGGACUUGCAAUCACUCUCGCAACACGCAGCUUGCGCUCUUGCACGACUACAUUGACAUCGCACUUACGUAUGAGCGCGAUCAAGAACAGCUUGCUGCGAAAGAAGGCUGGUCAGUUACCGCUGGAUGUGCGUUCCAUGAUCAUUUCGUACUCGCAGGUCCAAUCGCAGAUCCCGCGGGCAUUGGUCAUGCGCGGAGUUUGAGCGAAGGCAUGCAGCGGAUAGCUGAGAAGAGAUGUUUGUUUCACGCUCGCGCUGACUCUUCGGCUACGAUGUGGAAAGAGCGUGCGUUGUGGGCCGCGGCUGGUAUAGAGCCAUGGGAAGAUGAUGCAGCGACAACAUGGUACCGAACUUCCCUUCUAAACCCCGCGGAUGCUUUGCAAGGCGCGGAUAAAGCGGGCGCUUACCUUCUCACUGAUCGCUCAACGUUGUUGCGGCAGACAGGCAUGCAGACUACUAGGGAAACAACAGUGUUCUUCGAGCCCGGGCAGGGCAAUGAUGUGUUGAUGAACAGUUGUUAUGCUCUGUACAGAAUGAACACGGAAAGAGUCAAGGCUGUGAAUGAGUUCUUGAAGUAUGUAUGGUCAGAAAGAGGGCAAGAAGUUAUAGGCAGUUUUGGUCGUACUUCCAUAGGAGUUCCGCUGUUUGCAACGCUGGAUGAAGGCUUCUCAAAAACAAAGCUGAAUGGUGGAAGACCACGGGAUGGCAGAUGGAUACAUGCCCCAAAGCUGUAAUACCUCUCCCACACUACCUUAGCAGGCCAUGAACCUUCUAUGAUGGAAGUACUGAACACCCUUCAUUGCUUUUUACUGACGUUUUCACGGGUGUGGUGGACUUUCUGGGACAUAUUGAUCAUGGCCGCUUUGAUACCAUAGCAUUCCGACCAUAGAAAGUAUGAUGGAAGUGUAGCCUUGUCGUC